CUAGGCACCUUCAGGGGGCUCGGGGACGUGGCUGCACAGGAGCCAUUGACACAGAUCAGCGUCCAGAGCUCCUGGGACGCCCUGCCUGGAUCCUUCUGCUCUGCUGGAGCUUGGCUGCUUGCUGCACAGGUGCCAUGGCCUUGCAGCCACCCCGUAUCACCAUCCUGCGGAUGCCAGCAGAGCUCCCCCGCCCAGGCGAGAGCGUGACUGUGUCGUGCGAGGCGUUGAGUGGGCUUCCAGAGUCGACGCUGCUUUACUGGCUGGAGAACGGCUUCUUCGUGGAGAGCCUGCACCCGGAUGGGGCUGUGCGUGAGGGGACAGUGCAAGAGGAGCUGCAGGCCUCGGGGCUGGCCCUGCACCGUGAUCUGCACUUCAGCUCCUUCGACAAGCAGCACCUGCACACCAACUUCACCUGCGUGGUGCUCAGUCCCCUCGGUGUCGACACCAGGGAGGUGCGAUGGCCAUCGCCAGCACUGGCCCCCGUCACUGGGAAGAGUGAGGGCCUGGGCUGA